UGCUCCUUUAUAUUCGCACUGUCAACUGGCCCUAAACAGGAAGUGAUAGUCAAAUAAGUCAAGUUAGCCAGCUAGUUGCAAUAACUAGGCUGCCCUCGUAUUUAAGGUAUUUUUGCCAAAAUGGGAUUAUUCGGCAGAACACCGGAGAAGCCACCAAAAGAUCUGGUAAAUGAGUGGACACAGAAAAUCCGUAAGGAAUCAAGAACCAUCGACAGACAAAUUCGAGAUAUUCAAAGGGAACAAGAAAAAGUGAAGAGGUCCAUCAAAGAUGCAGCCAAAAAGGGCCAGAAGGAUGUUUGUGUGAUUCUUGCUAAAGAGAUGGUUCAGUCAAAACGAGCCGUGACAAAACUCUACUCCUCUAAAGCCCACCUGAACUCAGUGAUGCUCAACAUGAAGAAUCAACUUUCUUUACUGCGUGUAGCCGGGUCCCUGCAGAAGAGCACAGAGGUCAUGAGAGCCAUGCAGAGUCUUAUUAGAGUCCCAGAGAUACAGGCCACCAUGAGAGAUUUAUCAAAGGAGAUGAUGAAGGCUGGUAUCAUUGAGGAAAUGUUGGAAGACACUUUUGAGAGUUUGGAAGACGGAGAGGACAUGGAGGAAGCGGCAGCUGAGGAAGUUGACAAGAUCCUCUUUGAGAUUACAGCAGGUGCCCUCGGCAAAGCGCCCAGCAAAGUCACAGACGCACUGCCUGAGAUGCCGUCCGGAGCCACCGCAGCCUCAGAGGAUGAAUCCGAGGAGGACAUUGAAGAUAUGCAGUCCAGACUAGCUGCUCUUAGGAGCUAAGGUGGCCGGCCAGUGUAUUGUUAGUUUCAUGACAGGUUCAGCUUUUGCAGUACUGAGCAUCCGCUCUGCGGCUUACGAUCAUUUUUCUCCCCCACAUAAUCUUAAGGGUUAACUUUGUGCUUGGGUCAUUACAGUAUACCAUUUUUGAUUUGGUCAGAGAACUAUUUUAUGAUAAGUGGUUACCCUCGGUAUUAUCCAAAGUUAAAUAGGUUUGAGAAAGUGUAAAUAAUGUAAGUAUGAAAAGCCUAUUGUGCCUAUAGUGCUUCAUCUUCUGUCCUUUGACCAUUAUGUGUUUAAUCUUGUGAUUCAGUAACUUGGUUUGAAAUUUUCAAAUCUAAUUCACAUCACUAACUAGUCCUUUGUAACCAAACACUAAAGUGAUGCGUGCAUUUUUUUUAACGCAGGUCUGUACAGUCACUGUCGUCAAAUGCACGCAUAGUCCCCCAGCUGUGGAUUAACACUGUGUCCAAAGUUAGCAGGAUAUCUAUAUUGUGGAAGUGCAAUGUGUGUGUGUAUUUUUUAAUGUACAUGGGUUCAAAAAUAAGGAAAUUAAAUUUUAAGGAAAUUAGAAUUUCUGAAAUUAGAUAUUUUUUGUUCCAUGUUGAUGUACAACCAAACCUUCCACAUUAAAGUUAAGGUACAUUAUAUUCUGUUAAGCUUUGUGCACAAAACCAAUAUUCAUGACCAUUUGACCUAUGAGGGCAUUCUGACAUCUUUAUAUAUAUAUAUAUAUAUAUAUAUAUAUAUAAAAAUAUAAAUAAAUUAGUUUUCUUUGGACCUUUUAUGUGCCCCUGAUUUUAAAGCCAUUCCCGUGGAGUUUAAAAUGGACAGAAGGAUACAAUUUCCCGCAGCUAUGGUGCUCCAGUGGCUGCUUUUGUUUUGACCAACAAUACCUUUAUUCUAUUUUCUGAAGGCUGGACAAAGGAGCCUUAACUCUCCAGACAUGGGCGCUCACAGGUGUAAAUUUGACUCUGAAGCAUUUUGUUCAAAAACUGCUCCAAUAUGCGCACAUAAAAAUUGUUUCUUAAAUGCCAUACAUUCAUUUUGAUCAAGUUAGAAAAUAAACAGCACAAACCUCCACCGUGGUUACAUAAAUCCUUGGAUUAACACCAAACUACAAUUUCAGUGAUAACACCUAGGUGUGAAAGUGUUUCCGAACCUUUAUUGAGCCGGGACAUUAGAAAAAUACACACCAGCAAUCAAACCACCAGUGAAUUGAAAAAACGUACCUUCUGCCAUCUAGUGGAAGAGCGUGUAAUUGUUCUGUCAUUGUACGUAGUGGCGUAGAUACAUUUCUGAUCAAAAUUUUAAGACCAGUUGAAAAAUUUACAUUUUGCACUGGUGGAUCUUAAGGAGAUUCGUAUUUGAGCUUCAAUAUGCAAAAAGAUGACGUGGGAGUCAGAAAGGUUUGAGUAAGCAAUUUGUUGGAAAAAAGCAUGCAAGUGAAAUGGCUGUUCCUAAGAUGAUCAAAAGUUUAAAACCACAGCCUCUAAAAGCCAAAAUCUUGCAAAAAUGCGGUUUCAUUGUCAUUUCAAUGUCAAUCUUCGGACCAAAUGAAGGUUGUUAGUGGUGCAGAGUGCAGUCCAAUAACCAUAAGAAACAUUUUCAAAGGCCUCAUCUUCGAUGCCACAAAAUUGCCCGUUUUGCAUUUGCACGAGAGCACUAAACAUGGACAUUGAAAGGUGGAAGAAAGUUUUAUUCUUUGAUUAUGAGAAAGAAAUAUGACCUUAACGAUCCUGAGGGCUUCCAACGUUACUGUCAUGAUGAGGCUCCAUCACGAUCUGGGCUGCUUUUUCCUUCAAUGGAACAAUGAAGCUUCAGGUUGUGCAGGGACGUCAAACGGUAGAUGGCUAUGUGGAGAUGUUGCAGGGGGCAUCCCUCAUGACUGAAGGCCCUUGUCUGUGUGGUAAUGGCUGGGUUUUUCAACAGGACACACUGCAGUUCACAAUGCUCGCUUGACAAAGGACUUCUUCCAGAGGAAUAACCUCACUCUUUUGGAACAUCCUGCGUGUUCUCAUGGUCUGAAGUCCAACUGAGAACAUUUGAUGGCAAGGGAAGUUUACAAAAAUGGACAUCAGUUCCAGACAGUAGAUGUCAUAGGUGUGGUCUCGAGUCACGUGACUUGGACUGAAGUCAAUGACAGUAUCAUCUGACUUGCAACUCGACUGAAAUACUUGAUUUUCAGUGAAUGCGUUGAGUAAAAUGUAUCCCCAUUCAUUUCCAGCAAGACAAGAAAAUUUCCCAGAAAAUCUGCCUCACUGAAUGCAUCUAUUAACAUCCAAUCAGGGUAUGGAUUACAUUUCUAACUAAAUCCUAAACAAUCCUAAAUGUCAGCACUUUUUCUGUAACUAAGUCUUGUCACAUUGGUCUUAUUUUAUUUAAAUAAAACAAAAAUCCAUUCAUUGAAUUUUUCAAAUUUAACCCUGGAGUGUUACAUUGUUAAAACUGUAUUUUAUUUGGUAAACACUAAAUUAAAGUGCUUAUGACUUGUAAGGACUCAAAAAUGCCAAGCCUAUGACUUGAGACUUGACAGGUCGAGACCUGUCUUGUCUUGACUUGAGACUUGACUUGGACUAGCACAUCUUUACCUGAGACCUGACUUGAGAUUUAAUAUUUAAAGACUUGAGACUUACUUGAGACGUGCAAAACACUGACUUUCUCCCACCUCUGGUGGAUGCCGACUGGGAAGCCAACUUCACCACCUGGAGCAACUUUCCCCUAGCCUCAUGCCCAAACCAGCUGUAGCCUCAAGCCCAAACCAGCUGUAGCCUCAUGCCCAAACCAGCUGUAGCCUCAUGCCCAAAACCAGCUGUAGCCUCAUGCCCAAACCAGCUGUAGCCUCAUGCCCAAACCAGCUGUUGAGGUGACUAACAAGAAUGGCACAGCUAUCAUUACUACUAUCAUUGAGGCCUUUUUGGAACAUUUUAUUGCUCAUUUAGGGAUGUUUCUGGGUUUUAUGAGCUAUGAUCUUAAACUUUUGAUCAGCUGAUGAACAGCCUAUUUCAGUUUAAUGGUUGUUUGCAAUAAAUUGCUUACUCAAACUUUUUUUUGUCUUGCUCCCAUUUCUUCUCUUUGCAUUUUGAAGCUCUACUUAGAACUUAUAAGAUCUGACUGUGCAAAUUGUAAAUUCUUGCAACAGGUCUUAGAAUUUUAAACAGGAGUGUAUGUGAACAGAUAUGCUAUUUGAAAUAAAUAAUUUCCCGACCAAUUAAGUGAAAUUGGAUUC